CAGCUGUAAAAGACAAUUGUCAAAUGGUGAAUAGCAAAGCAGGAGCGGUGUUAAGAAUAUUUUUUAACAAAUAUGUCUUUUUACUUGCAAUUUCACAACCAUAGGUAAUCGCCAUACCUAAUAUUAAACCUUAGUGUAAUCAUAACCCGCAUUCAACAUCAAGAACAACGCAAAAUGGGAUCGAGAGACAAGGACAUAAAAUCGCUCCAAGACAAGUUGAAAGUAUUCUUCAAAAAGGGCGCAUCAGCGGCACUGCCGGCGCGGAACGAGUUGUUAGUAUCGCCGGACCUGGAGCGAGAAUUGGGCGCUGACUCGCCACCACAACGACGGCUGCGCGCUCUCAAGGAGCUCGGCGACAAGGUGCCCAGCUUGCGAAUACAGGAGGGUACAGUAAGAAAAUUAUGGAUAUGUACAAGAGAUCUGCUGGACGAUACAAACACUGAGGCUCGCCACGCCGAGCUGACAUUCCUGCGCAUUAUACUGGAAGGCCAAGCAGAUGGACCCGCAGAUGAGCUCACCAUCAUGCGCACCAUCUUCUUCAAUUACCUUCAGAAGUCACACGCCAACCACCCGCCAGAGGAUUCGCAGCUUCGAUUUAGACUACUCCAUGCUUUAACUAAUACUGGAAAGAAUAUUACAUGUUUUGAAGAACAGAUUGGCUCAUUUCUUCUGGAGUGGCUGCCACAAAUACAAAACCCUGCACUAAUUGUGGAAUUCCUACAGCUGGUCAUCAAUGUGGUCAAGUAUAACGCAACAUACCUCGACGAAGAAAUAGUACACGGAAUUGUCAACGUGGCGUGCGGCGCGAGCGGGCGCAGCGCGGAGGCGGGCGUGGUGGCGGCGGCGCUGGCGCUGCUGGAGGCCGUGGUGUGCUACUCGCUGCUGCCGCGCGCCGCGCUGCCGGCCUUCGUCGCCGCGCUCUGCCGCACCGUCAUCCUCGAGCACUACUCGCAGUGCAGCUGGAAGCUAAUGCGAAUAGUGCUGGGGGCCGACAUCGGGUACGCUGCGCUGCAGCAGCUGGUGCGGCUGCUGUACGAGGCCGGCGGCGGCGGCGACGGCGAGGAGGAGGAGGGCGGCGCGGGGCUGCUGCAGGGCGCCGUGUUCUAUGUCAACUCGGCGCUGUGGGGACCCAAUCGCGUGCUCGCCCUGCACGACUCCUUCUACACCGUGCUGCCCGCGCUAUACAAGGCGCUGAGCGGCAACUACCAGGUGGUGACGUACGAGGUGUUGGUGGGACUGCAGAGCUUGGUGACGCGGAUGCCGACAGAAUUGUCGGAGCCCGCGUGGGACGUGGUGCUCAAAAUCAUACGCACUAUCAUCGACCAGGACCGAGCGUUCGAGCCGCCGAACGAGCUGAUCCACACGCGGCUGCACGAGUUGAUCACGACGCUGGAGCAGCUGCAGGACGGCGGGCACUACCACGGCAGCCACGAGGCGCUGCUCGAGCUCGUGGACUACUGCGGCCACGAGCGGCCGGAGGCGUCGACGCUGCGGCUGAUCGCGGCGCGCAUGCGCGCGGGCGGCGCGCAGGCGGGCGGCGUGUGCGCGCGCUACGUGCGGCGCGAGCGGCGCGGCGGCGUGCGGCUGGCGGCGCUGGCGGCGCUGGCGGCGGCGGCGCGGCGCGCGGCGGGCGACGAGGCGGCCGAGCGCGGCGCGGCGGCGGCGCUGGCGGCGGCGGCGCUGGACGCCGACCCCGCGCUGCGCGCCGCCGCCGCGCGCCACCUGCCGGCGCUGGCGCGCGCGCCCGCGCUGCGCCUCGACACCUGCACCGACCUCGUCGACCUGCUCGAGAAGAUUCUGAACCGGCCGUUCGAGAUGUACGUGACGGACGUGCCGAUCCCGGCCGACGCGGACACCAGCGACCUGCGGCUGGCGGCGAGCGGGCUGCUGGAGGUGCUGCACGACCGGCUGCUGGCCGCGCCCGGCGCCCUGCCCGCGCGCUGCCUGCUCGUGCUGCUCGACCACCUCGACCUGCACUACAAGCGGCCCGCGCUCUUCGUGCACCACCCCGACAUACGCAUCAAGAUCUUCGAGAUGCUGUUCGGGCUGCGCGUGAACUCGUCGAACUGCGUCGGGUUCUGCUACGACGCGAGCGGCGCGCCGGUGUACGGCGCGGCGGCGCUGCGGCUGCGGCCGCUGUGCUCGCCGUACGUGGUGGUGGAGCGGCGCGCGCGCGGUCCGCCGCCGCCGCGCGCGCGCCGUGCUGCCGCGGCUGCGCGCCGCGCGCUGGCCGCGCGCGCGCGCUCCGCGCGCGCUCACCCGCGUACACAGCAGGAGUGCUCGGCCGCCGCGGCCGUGCUGGGCGCCGUGCUGCGCGCGCUGCCCGCGCUGCUGGCCGCGCGCGGGCUCGCGCUCGGCCGCCGCGCGCAGGACCUGGACCUGCUGGCCUCCACGCUCUGCUCCAUGAUCGCGGACCGCAGCCUGCACUUCCCGGAGGCGCGGCGGCCGCCGCUGUCGGAGCUGCACGGCGCGGCGCUGCCGGCGCUGGCGGCGCUGCGCGCCCUACCACGCUAUGGCGCGCAGGACACGCAGCAGCGCAUCGUGCGCUGCAUGCUCAAGUACGGCAUGGUUCUCCGAUCACCGCAGCCGUACAUCAACGCGCUGACGAUUUUCACUCUGGAAAUGCGCGAGACGAUGGUCAAGAUGUUACCAGAGGUGCUGCUGGACCUCUCCAAGAUAUCAGACACCAAGGCUAUAGCUAGUCCCAUGCUGGAAUUCCUAUCAACGCUGACGCGGCUGCCGAAGGUGUUCGCGUCGUUCGUGGAGGACCAGUACAUGUCGGUGUUCGCUAUCUUGCUGCCGUACACCAACCCCUCGCGGUACAACCACUACGUGGUCUCCCUCGCGCACCACGUCAUCGCCGCCUGGUUCCUCAAGUGCCGCCUCUCCUACCGCAAGAACUUCGUGCGCUUCAUCAUACACGGCCUGCACAACUACAUAAUAAUGCCGUUCGAGGAGCAGCUGCAGUACCGCUCCAACUUCCGCCCGCCCGCCGCCAACGAGGACUCCUCCAACCGGCAGCGCAGCUCCAGUCUCGGGUCGAAGGUGUCCCGCGCGCCGUUGGGUGGGCGCGGCGGCGGCGGCGGCGGCGGCGCGGCGUCGGCGCUGUUCCACGUGGAGCUGACGGAGACGUGCACGGACCUGCUGGCGCGCUACGCGUCGUCGCCGUGCAGCGUCAAGCCGCAGCGCUCCGACCUGGCCGAGUUCCUGUUCGCGGGCGGCCAGGCCAUGACGUGGGUGGUGGGGCACAAGCUCGUCACCAUCACGACGGCCGGCUGCCAGCAGAACUCCAUCAAGCAGGGCCCGUGCGAGCGCUGCGCGGCGCUGUACCGCCAGCACGCCGACAGCGCGGCCUCGCCGCUGCCGCCGCUGGCGCCGCUGCCGCCGCUGCCCGCCGCGCUCGCCGCCGCCGUGCAGGUGCAGGUGACGGAGGGCGCGGGCGAGGGUGCGGCGACAGGGCUGCACGUGCAGCCGCAGCCGCCCGAGGUCAAGCGACAAAACUCAGCGGAGAACAACAAGUUAUCGGACCGAGUCGUGGAUGUACUCAACCACUUUUCGCAGCGAUUCGAGAGGAUUUCCAAGGAAAUUGACACGGACACGGACUGGGCGCGCGGCGGCAGCAGCACGAACAGCGCGUGCUGCGCGUGCUGGGCGGCCGCGUGGGCCGAGGUGCACGUGCGCUCGCCCACCGGCGACGUCUCCUGGCUCGUGCGCGUGCAGAACCAGAUGAGCUGGGACUACAUGCUGGAGUCGCCGCUGCAGGAGGUGGCGGCGCUGCUGGCGCCGUGCCCGUCGCCCGCCGCCACCACCGCCCCGCCCUCCUCCGCCUCCAGCGGCAUCGGCGACUCGCGCCUCGACGUCUCGGAGGCCGAGCCGCGGUCCCGCAGCGGGUCCGCGGGGGCGCCGGCCACCAGCCGCGCGCCGCCGCCCGGCCCGCCGCCGCCCGACCUGCACAAGUCCAGCUCGGACUCGGUGGUGGCGGGCGAGCGGCGGCCCCCGCUUGCCGCCUCGCACUGCAUCCUGCCCCCCCACCACCUCAGGAUGAGCACGCAGCCGAUCAACAUCCCCGGCUCGCCGCAGCGGCAGAGCUCGUCCAGCACCACCGACGACGACGACAUGCUGCUCAUCGUGCCCGAGGGCAAGUCGCGGCACCCGGUGCGGCGGUCCAACUCGUCGCCGGAGAUGUCGUCGUCGUGGAAGGGCGCGCGCGAGCUGCCGCCGGACGGCGACGGCGACGGCGACGACAUGAUCCUGCUGCCCAGCUGCGAGCCCGCGAGCACGUCGAUGUCGAUGCACGCGUCGAAGAAGGCGGCCAAGAAGAGCGACAUGCGCGUGUCGUGCGAGGCCAUCCCCGAGGAGAUGUCCGGCACCUCGCCGCUCGCGCCCCACCACCAGCACCACCAGCCGCACCACCAACCGCUGCAGCCGCCGCAGCCGCCGCCGCCGCAACCGCAGCAGCCGCAGCAGCCGCAGCAGCCGCAGUCGCAUCAUCCGCACCUCAUGACCUACAACUCCGACCCGGGUUCAGGGUCAGAGGGUGCGCAUCAUCAGCUCCAAAAGACGGCGAGCGACAGCACGGUGUCGGCCAGCAGCAAGCCGCCGGCCGCGCCGCGCGCCGCCGCCGGCAGCGCCGCCGGCAGCAGCAGCGCCGCCGCCGCCGCCGACCGCGACGACCUGCCGCCGCUGUCUCGCUCCAAGCGCUCGCACACCAUCUCCGUCAUGAGUCCCACCAGGCGCCGGGACGGGACUAGCUUGCGGAGCGGGGCGGGCGCGGCGGCGGGCGGCGCGGCGGGCGGCGCGGCGGGCGCGGUGGGCGGCGGCGGCGGCGGCAUCACGCCCUCCUUCGUGUUCCUGCAGCUCUACCACAACAUCAGCACCUACCCCAUCAUGCCGCCCGUCCCAGGCGAGGCGCCGACGAGCCUACACCCGUUAGCGGAGCGGCCGCUGCGGGUGGUAGGCGUUCAGCACGAGCGCACGAUCAAGAACCUCGACCUGGUGCCGCCGCUCGAGACAUACAAGGUGGGAGUGCUGUACGUGGGCCCCGGACAACAAGACAACGAAGUAUUAAUAUUAAAAAAUGAAUAUGGCAGCGUGAGGUACGCGGAGUUCCUGUCGCAGCUGGGGGCGCUGGUGCCGCUGGCAGGUGGCGCUGGCGGCGCGGACGAGCAGCCGCACCUGUUCCUCAACAUGGAGCGCGGCGGCCGCGACGGACACUUCACCUACGUGUGGCACGACGACGUCAUGCAGGUGCUGUUCCACGUGGCGACGGCGAUGCCGACGUGCGCGAAGGACCCCACGUGCAACGAGAAGCGCAAGUACAUCGGCAACGACUACGUGUCCAUCGUGUACAACGACUCCGGCGCAGACUUCAACAUUCACACCAUCAAGGGCCAGUUCAACUUCUGCAUAGUGGUGGUGGAGCCGUACGAGCACGGCAUGAACCGCGUGCUGGUGAAGACCAAGGACGAGGUGAUCCGCACCAAGUUCCUGCCGCACCUCGAAACGCAGUGCAUCUCCGACCAGAACGUGGCGCUGCUCGCCCGCCAGAUCGCGCUACAUUGCUCCCUGGCGGCGCAGAUCUCGCGGUCGCUGAACGUGGGCGGGGCGCCGUACGCGUCCAACUCGCUAGAGCGGCUGCGCAUCAUCAAGCGGCUGCGGGGCCGCCUCCUCGACGACCGGCUCGCGGCCGCGCGCGCCGUGCAGCCAUACGGCCCGCCUGACCUCGCGCAGCGCAUCGCCAUCGACGACUUCAACGACUACAUCUAGCCGCGCCGCGCCGGCCGGCCCUAGUCCUGAUCAUUGCAUGCGUGUGACUGAGCGCCGCCGCGGCUCGGGCUCGGGCUCGGGCUCGGGCUCGGCGGCCGCCAUCUUGUUAUAGUGAGUGCGAGCUUUAAUCCGCGGCGAGAGGAGGCCGGCGCCGCCGCCGCUGCCGCCGCCGCCGCAGCCGCCGCCGCCGCCGCCGCCGCCACUCUCCCCUCCCGCUGCCGGUGCGAUAGUUUUAAGUGGAUCUCCAUCGCGAACAUGUAUAUUCGCGUAAAGAUAUCGAGUAUAGCCAGUAUUGUCGAGAAGCCGCGGGCCGCCGCCGGGCCAGCGCCGCCGACCCACAUCUUCAUCACACACAAGUGAACACUGUCCCUUCCACAACUAUUCUUUUCUACAAUGUUUGCGUCACAUGUGAUGGUAGUCUAGCAAGUGAUAUGAAAUAAAUCUUUCUUUCCCUUAUUUCCUUCUAACUAGUAGUUCAAAUUUAUAUGUAACUCUGUCAAGUUUUCUACUGGAGUACGCUCCGCUUGCAGUAUGUAGGGAUCGGCGCGAGAUGCGACCCGGACGGCCCCGGCUCGUCCCUGUCCGAGUGUAAUCCGCGAACUUGGCGCUGUUCGUUUGUUUUUGCACAAUAGACCCGUAAGUUACGCUGUAAAAAUACGCGCGGUGGAUCAGUGGGCGCGAGCGGCCCGCCCGCCCGCCUGCCGCAGCUGCGCGGUGCAGGCGGGCGCGGUCGACGCCGCAGAGGUCACAUCGUUUGUACCAUAACUGUGUUACUUUGCCGCAACAGAGCAGCUAUGAUUGCCCAGAGCUCACAAAACACACCUAGUAAUAAUUUGAUGCGAUAAUUAUGUGUAAUAAUAAAUAAUAAUAUGUAAUUUAUUUUAAUUAUGGUUUGUAAUGUAUCUCAAUGUUGUUUGCGGCCUAGAGUGCUCGACACUGGGGGCACGGUUCGUUUCGCUUUCCCGUCUGCGGAAAUAUUUGUUUAAGACUUUAAUAUUAAGAUUUGACGUCGUACGCCCGUGUUGAACGCCACUACGCCUAAGAAAUGUGUCGACAAUUUUAAUUGGGAUCUUGUACUGAGUAAUGUUAAUAGUGGACCGAUAGCGUCGUGUAGGCGUCCUACGGCCGUUUUGUGAGCGGUUGGCGCGAUCUCGAGCUACACACCUCACACAACAAUAAUAUUGUAAAGCAAUUGAGGCAUUUCUUGUUAAAAUAUUUUAUGUAGCAAUUUAUUUCCUGACGAAAGAUUUUUUAAUCAAAUAAAUGAUGGCUAUUUU